AUGCGCAUUCUCGCUUCCAUCCCCACCCUCCUUGCCCUCGGCAGCACCGUGGCCGCUGCGCCCGCGCCCGUGAAUGCAAGCGAGGCCCAGAACUGGAACCAGACGGAGCCGAUUCCCGCCUCGGCGAUCCUCGCGCCGGGCGUCGACGACCUCGUCUUCACCCGGACGUCGCCCUGUGACGGCAACAGCCCGCUGCUGGCCAAGCGCGACUCCGACGAGGGCGGCUACUUCGAUUGGAAUUACUGCCAUGCAGCAGGUCAACUGGUCGUGGUACUCGUUCCGGCUCACGAUCCGCAACCAGGACACGUGCUCCCGGGGUUUCUGACCGGCUGGGGAUAUGUGGGCUACGCCCCCACGAUCGUGGCCAUGGUCUACUACGACGGGUUCGGCAUGCCCGGCUUCCAGUCCGGAUGCAAUCACACCGGUUCGAAGAAGCUGCUCAAGGCUAAGAGCGAGGCGCCGGACGCCAGAGAGGCGGCGAAGUAG